ACGUCCUUACGUACUCUCUCCGGUAUUAGGAAGUUUAAAAUCGUAAGAUACUUGAAAUGUGGAAAUGGACUUCUGUUUUUUUUCUCAACCCAACUAAUUCUCCACGUUUCCUUCCUCCCUAUUCAUAUAUAACGGUCACUCUCCUCUUCCUAUCUUCCCCAAAAUCCCAUCCCCCAGCCAAAAUGGCACUUGUUAGACAACGCCGGAACCUCAAUCUCCGUCUCCCUUCGCCGGACUCCGCCGAUUGCCGCCCUCGCUUCCAUCUCCCACUGCCCCCCAGUUUGCUCUCCUCCUCCUCCUCAGCCACCACCACUACUACAUCCCAAGAAGUCGACCGCCUCUCUGACCUUGAGAAACUCAAAGUCCUCGGCCACGGCAAUGGGGGCACAGUCUACCAAGUCCGCCACAAGCGCACAUCCGCCGUCUACGCCCUGAAAGUCGUCCAUGGAGACUGUGACAGCACCGUCCGCCGCCAGAUCUUCCGCGAGAUGGAGAUCCUCCGCCGUAUAGACUCUCCCUUCAUCGUCCGAUGCCACGGUAUUUUCGAGAAACCCUCCGGCGACAUCACGAUCCUCAUGGAGUACAUGGAUGGCGGCACACUCGAUACUCUCCUUAAAUCCCAUGGAAGCCUCUCAGAGCUCUCACUCUCCACCAUCGCUCGCCAAGUCCUCAAUGGUCUCAACUACCUUCACUCCCAGAAAAUCGUCCACAGAGACAUCAAGCCUGCGAAUCUGCUGGUGAAUCAGAAGAUGGAGGUCAGGAUUGCAGACUUUGGAGUCAGCAAGAUCAUGUGCGGUAAGCUCGAACGAUGCGACUCUUAUGUGGGCACCUGCGCAUACAUGAGCCCAGAGAGGUUCGAUCCCGAUACCUACGGCUCCAACUAUAACGGUUACGCUGCGGAUAUCUGGAGCUUGGGGCUUACGCUAUUGGAGCUCUAUGUGGGUCACUUCCCCUUGCUGUCUCCUGAGCAGAGACCCGAUUGGGCCACCCUAAUGUGUGCCAUCUGUUUCGGAGAACCACCGAGCUUGCCGGAGAGUGCUUCGGAGGAAUUUCAGAGCUUCAUCAAUUGUUGUUUGCAGAAGGAUUCCAGUAAUAGAUGGACAGUUUCGCAGCUCUUAUCACAUCCUUUCAUCGCUAAGGAUCAAGGAUCUGAAAAUUGAUAAUCGAAAUUAAGAGUCGCCGGUUUUUUUUCAUAAUCGCCGGUGCCGGAAUCUGUACAUAGUUCGAAUUUUUUCCUGGAAUGAGAUUAUUUUAUAGGGAAAAUUAAUGAGUUUAAAUUUUUUUA